AUGAUGCUGCGAGGCAUGGGGUUUGACAAUACAACCUUCCUCUAUCUUGCCUUCGGUAAAAUAUACAAUGCUACAAAAUACAUGGCUCCCCUUCGCCAGAUGUUCCCUCUUUUACAAACCAAGGACACUCUUGCAUUGUCUGAAGAGCUUGCUGAGUUUGAGGGGUACUCUUCUCAGUUAGCAGCACUAGAUUACACCGUCUGUGUUCAGAGCGAAGUGUUUGUGACAACUCAAGGGUGGAACUUCCCUCACUUUUUGAUGGGACACAGGUGUUACCUAUUAGGAGGGAAUGCAAAGGCAAUAAAACCCGACAAACGGAAGGAACCUAAUGAUUCCAUAUACACCUUCCCAAUGCAUGAUUGCAUGUGCCAACAAGAUGGAAUAUGA